ACCUGUUGGUUGUUGGGCGCCGGCGCAUUCGGUGUCCCGCGGUCGGUCCAAUACCACAUACAAUUUAAGUUAAAUAAUAUAAGUAUUAUACCUAAUAACUAUUUAUAAUAGUAAAUUAAUAGAAUUUUGUAUUCUCGCUGCGAGUGUGCAGGUGGUCGUCAUUUCAUAUUAUUCGAUUUUUUUUUGUUUAUUGUUCGAACUGCGGAAAAUUUAUAUUAAUAUAUUAAAGUAGUUAUUGAUGGUCCAGAGGAAAACGCUAAGAGUAACGCACUGCCAAUUAGUGGAUUUUCACCGAGCCAAAACCGUCUGAAGAGGACUUUUCGGGUACAUAACAAUAAUAUAGGUGAAGUCUUCUAUCCAUCGUUUCGUUUAGUAUUUAUCGCGUCAUGAUGCCGGUAAGACUACAGUGGAGCCGAAUAUUGUGCCGCAGUCACUUGCGACAGACAUGCGUCCCGUUGACCCGUAACGACCUAAGUCAACCGGUUCGAUAUCGCACCGAGUCUAAAGUGGUUCGUUCGCCGUUUUCGGACGUCCAGAUACCGGAAAAUUUAAUUGAUGAGUUCGUGUGGAGCGGCCUGGAGAGAUGGUCGGACAAAGACGCACUGGUUUGCGGAAUAACUAAUAGGAAAUUCACAUACUACGAGACGAGGCAGGCAUGUAAGAGAUUUGCGGCUAGUCUUAAGAAGAGAGGUGCAACUCCGGGCCAAGUGUUCGCCGUGCUGUUGCCAAACGUUCCAGAAUUCGCCAUAGUCUCGCUGGGUGCCAUAGAGGCCGGUCUGGCUGUGACGACGAUCAAUCCUAUCUACACGCCAUUCGAACUCGCUCACCAGCUUAAGGACUCUGGUGCGUCGGGGGUGGUGACAAUUCCCGAGUUAUUGCCCAAAGUUUUCGAAGCCUGGCAGUUGAUGAAUGAGCCCGGCGUAAAACCAUUGUACAUAAUAUCCGUCAACGGCAAAGGUCCAAGACCCGAUGGUGCGUGGGACUUUGAGGAGAUGCUCGAUCCAAUGGUGGACACUUCUAUUCUGAAAAAAAGCCGAUCAAACAGUGACGUGGCGUUCAUGCCGUACUCAAGCGGCACAACCGGUCUGUCCAAAGGCGUGUCGCUGUCGCACCGGAAUCUCUUGGCUAACAUCGUGCAGUCGACUCAUCCAGAAAUAAAUCAUUUUUAUGACACGACAGGAAAUUAUCAAGAUGUGUUGCCGUCUAUUUUACCCUUUUACCAUAUUUAUGGUCUGACAAUGGUUCUUCUAAGGGGACUAAGUUAUGGAUGUAAAUUGGUGACAUUGCCCAAACUUGAAUCGGAAUCAUUUUUGAACAUACUUAUAAACCACAAGGCAACAUUAUUGUACGUAGUACCACCAAUAGUGCUGUUGUUGGGUCAAAAUAAAAACGUUACACAUGAACACUUUCAAAGCGUGAGAGUUAUUUGUAAUGGCGCUGGUCCCGUGAAAGAAGUAGAUGCCGAAAAAGUACUUGCUAGAACCAAGAACAAAAACGUACGUUUUUGUCAAGCGUAUGGCAUGACAGAAUCAUCACCAACCGUGUUCGUAUCCAGGAAUUCCUCAUUGUUCGAUUAUUUGACCGUCGGUCCUCCCUUAUCUAACACUCUAGCCAGAGUUGUUGACCCCACAGAUGACACAGUUGAAUAUGGUCCCGGUGAAACUGGAGAAAUUCAAGUCAAGGGGCCACAGGUGAUGAUUGGCUACCACAACAACCCCGAAGCCACGGCUAACACUUUAAGUCCGGAAGGAUGGUUGAGCACCGGUGACAUUGGUUAUUAUAACGAUAAAAAAGAAUUCUACAUAGUUGAUCGUAUUAAGGAAUUGAUCAAAGUCCAAGGAUACCAGGUUCCGCCGGCUGAAUUAGAAGGACUUCUGAGGACUCAUCCCGCCGUGCUGGACGCAGCUGUCAUCGGCGUGCCAGACGACAGAACAGGUGAAGCGCCGUUGGCGUAUGUCGUGCUCGAUCCAGACAGACCGACCGCCAGCGAGGCAGACAUGAAGGCGUUCGUAGCGGAACGAGUGGCACCGUACAAGCAGAUCUCAGCCGGAGUACGGUUCGUUGAAUCACUGCCAAAAAGCGCGGCCGGCAAAAUAUUGCGGAGGUUACUAAAGGAAGAAUACGAGAAGACCAAAACCACCAAGUGAUCACCGGAAGUCAUGAUUUCAGCGAUUAAUAAUAAUAUAUGCAUGAUGUAAUAUUGUCAUAGGUAAUCGAGUGCGAAAGUUAGGUUAAGGAAGUUGAGAAAACACUCAUCGUGUUUUACUUAACUAUCACGUCGUAUAUUAAUGGUAGACGAAUAAUUGCUCAUACGAAUAUAUUUUAACUAUUAUUAUUACUAUAGUACCGAUUUCUGAUUUAAGACAACGAGUGAUAUUUAUAAUUGUUUUUUUUUUAUUUUAUCAAUUGUUAAAAUAAUAUAAUAAUUUACCGUCACAUCAUAUUAAGACAAUUCAUUGCCAAAUACAAAUUAUAUUAUAUUAUUUAAAAUAAUAAUAAUAUUAUUAUUGAUUUGA